AUGCGGAGAAAAAUUAUUCCCAUUGCAGAUGAGAAUGACGUUGCCGAGGAUGAGAAUGCUGCAGUAAAGGAGGUCACUCCACCUGUACAAAUGGCUCCUCAAGAAGAAGGCUCUACUGGGCGAGUGGGUGUUGACAAUGAGGAGAGCAAUGCUACAAAGGAAGAUUACAUCGUUGUCGAGGCGGGGAACAUUAUAGUGACAUUUGCAUGGAUUUCAUUGUUUGCAUCCGAACUAUGGUUUUCUUUCUAUUGGAUUCUAACUCAAUCCGUUCGUUGGAAUCCAAUUUAUCAUCAAACCUUCAAAGAAAGACUCUUGCAAAGACAUGGGAAUGAACUUCCCAUGGUUGAUGUUUUCAUUUGCACUGCCAAUCCGGUUGCCGAGCCGCCGAGUUUAGUGAUGUCAACAGUGUUAUCAAUGAUGGCUUAUGAUUAUCCAAAAGAAAAAUUGAGUGUGUAUCUUUCAGAUGAUGCUGGUUCAGAGCUUACAUUUUAUGCUCUAUGUGAAGCAUGCAAGUUUGCAAAGCAUUGGAUUCCAUUUUGCAACAAGUUUGAUGUUGAACCAAGGUCACCAAUUGCAUUUUUCGACAAGUCCUGUCAUUCUUCUAACUUGUAUGUCUCUGAGGAAUCGUCUAAACUGAAGGGCAUGUAUGAAAAGAUGAUCAAUAGGAUUGAUUUUGUCGUUACAAAAGGCAAUGUUCCUCGAGAACUCAAGAAACAUCAAGGAUUUUACAAAUGGACUUCAAACAUGACUCAUGAUGCCAUAAUUCAGAUUUUAGUUGAUGGAAAUGAUGAAAAUUCAGUUGAUAUUGAGAAAAAUUUGUUGCCAAGGGUAAUUUACAUGGCAAGGGAGAAGAGACCUCAACAUCAUCGUAACUUCAAAGCAGGCUCUAUGAAUGCUUUGUUAAGGGUGUCAUCAAAGAUAGGCAAUGGCCCAAUAAUACUGAAUGUGGAUUGUGACAUGUACUCAAACAAUUCACAAUCAAUUAAAGAUGCAUUGUGUUUUUUUCUUGAUGAAGAGAAGGGACAUGAAACUGGAUUUGUCCAAUAUCCUCAAUAUUUUGACAACAUCAAUAAGAAUGAUUUGUAUGAUAACUCCCUCAAUGUCAUCAACAAGGUGAGGGUUAACCUGUUAGAAGGUUGGGGAGGGACACCAUAUAUUGGAACAGUGUGUUUCCACAGAAGAGAAGCUCUUCAAGGGAGGAAAUAUAACAAAGAUUACAUUGAAGAUUGGAAGAAAGGAAUUGAUAUAACAAGUGUGGAAAAUGCUAGGGUUUUGGAAGAGAAAUUAAAAUAUCUUGCUAGUUGCACCUUUGAGCACAACACUCUGUGGGGCAAAGAGAUUGGUUUAAAAUAUGGGUGUGCAAUAGAGGAUAUGCUAACAGGGUUGGCCAUGCUCUACAAUGGGUGGAAAUCCAAACACAUGAACCCUAAAAGACCGGCCUUUCUUGGAUUAGGUCCCCCAACAUUGGAGCAAACUCUAGUGCAAUACAAGAGAUGGGGUGAAGGCAACUUACAGAUUAUCCUGUCAAAGGACAUCCCUCUUUUGUUUGGCCAUCAAAAGAUCAAUUUUGUGCCAAAGGUAUCAUCUCCAUGGUUCAUACCAUUUGUUCUUGUGUUCAUUGCCAAACAUGCAUACAGCCUAAUUGAGUCACUAUACUCUGAUAAUACCAUAAAAGGGUGGUGGAAUGCACAAAGGAUGUGGGUAUUGAGAAGAAUAACUUCAUUUCUCUUUGCCUUAAUUGACAACAUCUUGAAGGUCUUUGGUGAAUCUAAGUUAGCAUUCACCAUCACGGCCAAGGUCAGUGAUGAAGAUGCCUCAAAAUUGUAUGAACAAGAGGUCAUGGACUUUGGUUCAGUCUCAUCAAUGUUUGUGAUCAUCAGCACUAUUGCAUUGAUAAACCUUGUUUGCUUGUUUGGUGGAGUUAAGAGAUUGAUGCUGAAUAAUGAAGGUAAUAUUGAUGAUGCAUUUUUUGUUCAAGUGGUGCUUUGUGGAUUAGUAGUGGCAAUCAACUUACCAAUUUAUGAAGGGCUCUUCUUGCGUAAAGAUAAGGGUCGCAUGCCAUACUCUGUCACCUUUGUUUCAUUAGGAAUUGCAAUGCUUGUUUGCAUGCCAAGCAUGAUUGGUUUAAGUUUCGCAUAA